CUGCUGGCUCCCACUGAACCUGUUCAUCGUCGUGUCGGAGCAGUACCCGUCCAUCUACGACUUGAGCGGCAUCGGCUACAUGUGGCGCUGUUCCGCUGCCUGCCGGCCACACGCCGGCGCUCCUCGUGCUUCGUGUCUACCUGCAACGUCAAGAAGGCGGCCACUUCCAACAGCAAUGCUAUCUGACUCAGUGCCCAAGGCGCCGCGGUGCCCGUCUCUGUGUCCCAUUGCAGAUGAUCAAGAUGAUGAUCACGGUGGUGACGGUGUUCAUGCUGAGUUGGCUGCCGCUGAACACCUACAUCUUGCUGUCGGACCUGGACCCGGGCGUGAACAACUACGAACACAUCCGCUACGUCUACUUCGUCAUUCACUGGCUGGCCAUGAGCCACGCUUCGUACAACCCGCUCAUCUACUGCUGGAUGAACUCGAAGUUCCGCGACGGCUUCUGCCAGCUCUUCCGGCGUUCGCAGCUCUGCUGGCCUGCGCGGCUGCGCCACCGGCGCCCGCUGCGCAAGGAGUCCGCUGCCGAGGUUGCCGCGCUGCGCCGUUGCAAUACGUACACCACGUACGUGAGCGUGCGUGCAGUGCCGGGAUCCAGCUUCCGCUUCACCAAGGAUUCUACGCAAACGAACGGCAAGCCGAGGCGCUACGAGGACUCGAAAGUUUAAACGCCCCCAUCCAGAGCUCCGAGGGAGCCCCUGUCAUGCGGCCCGGCCACCGCCAAGCGCUAGCCAACGCUGCCGCUGUGGGGGCUGUACGGAGCAUAUCGUGGCAUUUCCGGGUGCUGGCGCGUUGAAUGGUCCACUUCGCUGACUCUUUUUGGCAGCAGUGAUUUGUGUGUGGGAUCCUCCCCGAGAAAACAACCGCAGUUGAGCGUCGCGGCAUCACAGAAGCUAGACAAAUAUUUGCUAAUAGUGUGCGAAGUCGUGUCCUACUGUUCUCGUGACUAUUGAUAAGCAAGAACCUCUGUGCUUCGAACUGCUGAUAGGGUGUCUCAUCUUAUUGGCUACGUGCUUCUGUGGAUACGCGACGCUUCCUUGGAUUUGAAACACUGAUCGAGGUCCUUUGCCGAGAUGUGCCAAACAUCCGCAGUGAUAUCGCCCACACGACCGAGUUGCGAGCGGCGUAAAGACUCGUGUCUCGUCGCCACGGCUCGUUGGCUCUGUAACUCUGUAGGGGAGCCAGUCAUGUGAGCGCAACGUAAUCCGCGUGUUCUAUCGACCGCAGAUGUGAACCAAGUUUUAUGGUCUUGUUGGCUUUGCCGCUGUUGCGACUGGACAUAAACAACAUAGUCAGCAGGACAAAAAGACACCACAUGGGCCAACACUGAAAUCGCCUGGUGGCAUUUGAGUAUAAUUCGUCGCUAAAGUUGGUGUAACGCGAGUUGGCCGAAAAUGUAUUGCACGAAUAAUAUUUUCAACCUGAUCGCCAGAGCAUGUAGUACAUCAGCGUUACUUGGCGGUGCUAGUAGGUUUUGUGCAUGCCCACUUGUGGUCAGCAGAAUUUGUUUAAUUUAAACACGCCACUUUUAGAAAACUGCUUUUUGCCUGCUCAGACAGCUAAUAACUCCGUGCGCUGUGGCAGCCAUGAUAGAACUCAGCAAAUGGUGUGCUUAUGAACCACUGCGUUCAUAUUCGAAAGAGUAUCGGCUAAGGCAUAGUGCGGCUCUUGUCUCAGCAUUGCCGUAAUAAAACAGGUAUUCAGGCACGGCCAGAAAGCAGUAGAUGAAACAGUGAUGAAUUCAGGCAAGUUUCUAUACGUGCUCUACGGAAUUUAUUUUUCAGGUUCGGUCAAAACGCAGCGUAGGAAGUAAAGAUGACUCCUAUGCAGUAAUUUCGGAGUUCUGACAGAAGUGAAGCUUCGGAACCCUUGACCUUUUCGAACCUUCUCACAGAUAAAAAAAAAACAGUUAUGAAACUUCUAAUAAGAUUGGGCAGUUCGCGAUAACUGUUUCUGUAAUAACACCUUUCUUAGUAUGCACAAACUGUGUAUGUAAUAAUAAUAAUAAUAUUUGGGGUUUUACGUGCCAAAACCACUUUCUGAUUAUGAGGCACGCCGUAGUGGAGGACUCCGGAAAUUUUGACCACCUGGGGUUCUUUAACGUGCACCUAAAUCUAAGCACACGGGUGUUUUCGCAUUUCGCCCCCAUCGAAAUGCGGCCGCCGUGGCCGGGAUUCGAUCCCGCGAAACUGUGUAUGUAGAUCGUGUGAUAACGGCGAUGGCUCGUGCAAUAUUGGGACCAUAUUCCGGCGUGCAUAAAUUUACAUGAAUUUAGUUCCUUGGCUUGCUCUCUAAGCGCUGUGCUCGAAACAUAGCGGUAGCGAGCCAAGUAUAAAAGUACAGGGUAGACCUCAAGGCUCCAAAGGCCAUGCUUUAUCCCAGCUGCGACAAGCAGUACACCGACGAUACAAAUUACGUUACCCUGUGCCAUUUCAGAGGGCGCCGCUUAGCGAUGGACUAGACGCGAGGGACGAGUUCGCGACUUUGCCCGUGUACGGAUACAUUGUCGUGGCGGCCGUAUUUUUGCAUAAACGGAGAAUAGUUGAUUGGCCCUGCUAGGCAGCAUAAGGUGCUGUGGCCUCCGACGUUCACCGUAAAGUCGUUGGCUGCAGGCCAGCCGUGUGUCGCUCGCAUCAACUGAGGCCCCAGAAAAGCGAUCGUUUGUCUGCGUAUGGAGAGAUGAGUUCCGAAUCUGGAGGCAACACUGGGCGGCGUGUGUACGCGUGCGAUGUGAACACUGUAGCCACUGUGUGCACGCAUGAACAAGGGGCCGCGAGCGUUUACUGGUGCGCUGAACUCGCACUUAUUGCGUGCGUUUUCGGUGGCGCACGCUGCGUGGCGCGCACUCUCUCCACUGGUUCCCCAUGAGGAGUUCGUGGCUUAGAUCAAGGCUAACGGCCAGAACACGCCAAAUUUGACUACAGCAGAAGUUCGCUAGUGGUUGCCCUGCGCCUGAGCCUCUUCGCCUGCCGCUACUUACCAUCGCUCGUUUUUACGGUUCAUUCUUGGUUUAACCCUGCAAUGCCUGAUGCAUCGUAUAUGCUCCGCUCAGCUUCAUGCCUGCAAAUGCUGAUUUAAGCCCUGAAACCUUCAUGUCAAGCCCAUAGAGCAUUUUUUUUUUCAUAUAAACAUAUCACUAAUUAAUUGAUUAAUGUACUAAUUGCGUUAUAACUCCAGAACCAUUUAUUCUUUUCUUUUUCUCUUUCUCUUUUUACCAAUGUACUCACCAUGGCCAGAAAUAAAGGUGACCAAGCGAACGAGAUGCUAGCAAAGGCAACAGCCCGAGACUCCAAAGACAAAUGUUCCUACUAAUUAAAAGCUUUCGGAAUCCCUCAGCUCACCUACAAAACCGUUCCCAUGUAAGAGGUGAAUCUGUGCGUUAUGUAACUGUUCGUGAAAGGAAGCUAAUAACGACAGCAAAUUUAUUAUUAGCAAAGGCAACCGGCCAAAUAGCUCUUACGAAAGAACUUUGUGAAUUCGGCCCGCGACUUGCAAAGCACGAUGUAAGAACGAUGGCAGUCAAGGUGUCAGUUAUCAAAAGAUGUUUCGGACGAAACACUGUGAAUCUGACCCCGAUAUCGCCCUGAAAUGUUUAAUCUGGGAUACACUGCAAAAUUCGUAACGGAGGCAGUCAAGUGGCCCCUGUAAGCUUACUCUACUUGGAGAGCGCCCGUCAGGCGCAUGCGCCGCCGUGCCACGUGUGGGAGGCGUCGGCGCUGUGUAUUGUUUUCCCGAUGUGAUGUUUGCGUGCCAACGUGUCUAGAAGCCUCUGUGUCCCGCGCUUUCAA